AUGUCCGAAGAGAAAAAGGUUGUUAAUGUUCCUUCAAACUCUGAAAAAGAAAGCGCACUUGUCGAAGUUGAAUCAAGAUCAACUAUUGAUGAAAUCGAAAAUGUGUUUAAUGGCAACAAACCAACAGAAGAAGUUCUGAAAGAAGUUGAUGAAUUGGUCUUGAAGUAUGAUCUUCAAGAAUACCAAGAACUAUUAAGUCGUGGUGCUUUAUUGGCUAAUGAUCCUGAUGUUUUGCUAACUGAUAACUACUCCGAAAAGGAAAGAAAAAAGAUCGGCAGGGAGUUAACACAUCCAUUUCUGUCUUUGUCAAGAGGUAUGAUUUGGGCUGCGUUAUGUACCUCUUUGGCCGCCGUCAAUUUCGGUAUGGAUGAAAGUGCUGUCGGUGGUGCUGUCUUGGGUUAUCAAAAGGCGUUCAACAUUACAAACCCUAACAUCCAAGGUCUUACUUUAGCUGCGCCUUAUUUGGCUGCUGGUGUCUUGACCUUACCACUGACUGUCUUAUUGAACAAAAAAUUUGGUAGAAGAUUUAUUGUUUUGAUAAGUUGUUUUAUCGGUGUGUCUGGUUCUCUGAUCCAAGGCUUUUCGAACGGAUUAGGUCUUAUAUUGUUCGCAAGAUUAUAUUUAGGUAUUGGUAUGGGUUUAUGUUCAUCUACUGUCCCAAUCUAUACUGCAGAAUGUGCACCAGCAGUUUCUAGAGGCGCAAUUUUAAUGUUGUGGCAGACUUUUAUCGCUCUUGGUGUUUGUUUGGGUUCAGUUUUCAAUAGAGCUUUUGUCGAAAUCGAGGGGAACCUAUCUUGGAGAUUAAUGAUUGGUUCUUCUUGUGUAGCACCCUUUAUCACGGCUCUCGUGGUUUACAUUCCACCUGAAUCACCAAGAUGGCUUAUUGGAAACGGAUUUGUCAGAGAAUCCCUAGAGUCCCUAAUCAGAUUGAGAAACACAGAAGUCUCUGGUUCACGGGACUUUUAUAUCCUAUAUGAGUCUUUGAAAUACGAACAUAAACUUGCAGCUAAACUUUCUUGGCACCAAGAGAUUAAAUCCCUAUUCAGUAACAUCAGAAACAGAUUUGCUUUGUGGGUAUCGUUCCUUGGUAUUCUUGGUCAGCAAUACGGUGGCGUUAACAUCUUGGUUUCAUAUACUGCAACAAUUUUAACGAAUGCUGGUAUUGACCCGGUAACUGCCAUUGCUGGCUCAAUCGGUAUUGGAGGUGGUUGUUUCUUAGCUACUUUCCUUUCCUCGCAGUUGAUCGACAGAUUUGGUAGAAGAACAAUGUUGCUUUUGACACUUCCUGUAGAAGGCGCUUGUUUGUUUUGGUUGGGUGGUAUUUUGAAUAUCAAAGAAGAUCAAGCUCGGUUGGCUGCUGGUUUGGCUGCUAUGUAUGUAUUUGUGCUGUUCUACGGUAUUGGUAUUGGGCCAAUUAGUUUUACAUUGGUAGCAGAAACCCCAUCCAUUACCGUUAGAAUGGCUCAUAGUGCUUUUGCUAUGUCGAUCAAUUGGUUGCUUGAUUUCUGUUUGACGAUGACAUGGCCAAAAAUGGCCGAUUCUAUGGGAACUUCAGGAGGGUUAUAUUUCUACGGUGCGUUUAACUUUCUGAUUUGGGUUCUUGCUUAUUUCACAAUCCCAGAAACAAAAAGGUUCACACUAGAACAGUUAGAUGAGGUGUUCAAACAUGGUGUUACCCAUUAUGCCAAGCAAAAUACCAGAAAACUAUUUGGUAAAUAA